AUGGUCACCAGUCAGAGUGUAGAGCUCACACUAAGGCAUAGCAGAGGCCAAGAGGAGUACCUGAUUGUCAGUGAGGAGCAUGUCCAGUUCUGGAACAGCACAGGCAGGGGCCCAGGGCUGACCGAGCGAGGCCUGGAGACGCCCCUGUGCCCCUGCCCACCAAAGGUGUCUGCUGCCUCCCUCCACCGGAGACUGUACCAGGACAAGCAGAAGUGGGAGAUAUGGAGGUUUGCCAUGCCCGUGAGGAAUAGGAAAAGGCUGAAUGUGAAGCCCACUCUUGCCAAAAGGUGGCCUACCAACCCAAGCUCUGGUUGCUGCCCUAAGGCCUUCUAUGAGACUCUGGAGAAAAGUGCCAACUACCUGGACCCUGCUUCAAGAGAGCCCUCCCAACUUCUCAAUGGUAGCUGGCCCCUAAGUCAGAAUGAAAGUGAUGAUGAGGCUACCCUGGCUGCAAACUUCACCUUCUCUUCCUACUACCAGCACUCCUCCCCUGUGGCAGCCAUGUUCAUCGUGGCCUAUGUGCUCAUCUUCCUCCUCUGUAUGGUGGGCAAUGCGCUGGUCUGCUUCAUCGUGCUCAAGAACCGACACAUGCGCACCGUCACCAACAUGUUCAUCCUCAACCUGGCCAUCAGUGACCUGCUGGUGGGCAUCUUUUGCAUGCCUACCACCCUGGUGGACAACCUCAUCACUGGGUGGCCCUUCGACAACGCCACGUGCAAGAUGAGCGGCUUGGUGCAGGGGAUGUCUGUGUCCGCUUCAGUUUUCACACUGGUGGCCAUUGCAGUGGAAAGGUUCCGCUGCAUCGUGCACCCGUUCCGCGAGAAGCUGACGGUGCGCAAGGCGCUGCUCUCCAUCGCGGUCAUCUGGGCCCUGGCCCUGCUCAUCAUGUGUCCGUCGGCCGCCACGCUGACCGUCACCCGCGAGGAGCGGCACUUUCUGCUGGACGCGCGCAACCGCUCCUACCCGCUCUACUCCUGCUGGGAGGCGUGGCCCGAGCAGCGCAUGCGCAAAGUCUACACCGCCGUGCUCUUCGCGCACGUCUACCUGGUGCCCAUGGCGCUCCUGGUGGUUCUGUACGCACGCAUCGCGCGCAAGCUGUGCCGGGCGCCGCCGGGCCCAGGAGGGCGCGCGGCGCGCCGCAAGGCCCGGGUGGUGCACAUGCUGGUCAUGGUGGCGCUGUUCUUCUCGCUGUCCUGGCUGCCGCUGUGGACGUUGCUGCUGCUCAUCGACUACGCGGAGCUCAGCGAGCCGCAGCUGCACUUCAUGUCGGUGUACGCCUUCCCCCUGGCUCACUGGCUGGCCUUCUUCCACAGCAGCGCCAACCCCAUCAUCUACGGCUACUUCAACGAGAACUUCCGCCGCGGCUUCCAGGCCGCCUUCCGGGCCCAGCUCUGCCCGGCACAGUGGGGCAGCCAUCAUCAUCAGCAGGCCUACACCGAGCGGCCUGGAGGGUUCCUGCGCAGGCGGGUCCUGGUGGAUGUGCAGCCCAGCGACUCUGGCCUGCCAUCCGAAUCCGGGCCCAGCAGUGGGGGUCCUAAGUUGAGCCGUCUCCCUCUGCGCAAUGGGCGAGUGGCCCACCAUCAGGACGUGCCCCGGAAAGGACCGCUCACCAUCCCAGCCUGGAACAUCUGAGAAGAUCCAGGGCUGGUACAGGCCGGCCUGUGGCUCCCAGUGUGUAGGAGAGCG